AAGUGUUACUAAACCCACAACAGUAAAAUCAGUCUGUAUAUGCAGUAAUGCAUGCUUUUAUACUCACUGUGGAACCUAAGGGGUUAAUCUUCCACAUUGUGUAAAAAGGAUGUUUGAUCCUCUCUUCUCUGAUCCUCCUCUUCUUCCAGCAUCUCCCAAAUAUCUCCUGAUAGAACAGAGGCUAGGGGCAAGCUGCACAUGCUCACUUUGGUGUGUAUUGCGAGAGAUGGUUUUUUUUUUUUCUUUGGAGAUGCAUGUGAUCAGCACAGGGCCAAUCAGCACUGUCCAGACAGAGGGUCAGGGG